AUGCCAAAACCAUGGAUAGAUAUAAAAUCAAGAUCUGUCCUUGAAGAUGUGCUUGGAUACAAAUUUACAAAGUCAGACUUACUUUGGCAAGCUCUAACUCAUCCAUCGGCAAUUACCGAAAAUCAUCCAAAGGCUUUUAAACAUGAUUUAUUCCCAUUAGCAUUUGUUGGUGACUCUGCGCUCAAAUACGCCGUCGCUCGAUACUUAUUUCUCAAUGGAUCAGAUGAUGUGGUCACAGAUCGUGUCAGAUUGCAUGAAGGUGUGCAGACAGCCAUUAAAAAUCGUGAUCUAGCAAAAAUGGCUCGUGAAAAACUUCAUUUAGAAGAAUAUCUUAUACGAGGAAAUGGACAUCGAGAUCUCAAUGAAACUUUGUAUUCGGAUUGCUUUGAAGCGAUACUUGGCGCUAUUGCUCUUGAUUGUGGAAGCAAUCAACAAGAAAAAGUUUUUCGUAUUAUUGAAAAAUUAUGCUCUGAUCGAUAUGAAUCGUUGCUAAAUAAACCCUUAACUAACAGAAUGCUUCCAUGGAGAGGUGAAGAUGACAAAUCGAAUAUUGAUCAAAUGAUUUGUUUUCCCAGAGCCGCAUUGCAGUCAGCGCCAUAUAUGAAUCAGUUAUUUCAACGUACACAUUAUAUCAGUUUUUGGCGACGAUUAUUUCGAUCUUGCUUGCGGAUUUUUGUUGUUGUUGGAUUCUGUAUACUUUUCAUUGUACGCAUGUUACAUUUCUCACAAACUGGCAUCAAACGCUUUGGGGACGGUCUUUGA